AUGUCUCAGGAAGUUGACUGGUUACAUAGCCAAGCAGGUGUGUGUAAAGUAGACCUCUACAACCCCGAUGAACAGAAGGACCAGGACCGGAAAGUGAUCUGUUUUGUAGACGUCUCCAGCCUGAAUGUAAAAGACAAAGAUUUAAAAGCAAAGAAAGCUGCUAGCCAGUCUAGUAGCAUCUCUGAACCUUCAAAUGAACUUGAUCUGGGGAAUCUGGAGGAAAAAGAAGUCAUUGUAAUAAAGGACAAUGAGAAGCAUGAUCAUUCUAAAACUAAAGGAGCAGUAUGUCUUUUCAAACAAGGUUCAACCGAUGAACUCAGUGUUGUGAGCUGGCUCAACGAUGACCUUCAGAAAUAUGCAAAUGGACUCCAGCAUGCACUGACCCCUUCAGAUACUCCUCAGAAACACAAAGAUAGCAACACCUUCAUUGAUUCAUCGUUGUCCCAGAACAGUGACACAUCUUUAAAGUCUGCUGGUGCCCAAAAGGGAAGAAGAGAUCCAGAUAAUGUUUCAUGCUAUGUAAAUAAGCUCUGCUCUUUGGUUUUUCAAAUGGCACGUAAAGAGAUCGCAGAUAAAUUGGAAGGUGCUGCCAGUAAGUGUAUACACCAGGAAAUUCAUGACUCCGCUGUUGAAGGGAAAAAUAACAAUCCCCGUGGUUCUGUGAACAAAACUGCAUCACAAACAGUGAAUGAAUGCACUGCAGCAAGCACACAGAAACCCCAGAGUAAACUACCAUCCCCCAGGCCAUCUCAAGAAAAGACUACCAAGAAGGAAGAUACUCCAGGUUCUAAGAGAACAUCACUCUUCUAUGGUGAGAUGUCUAAUCAAAGUGGCUGUAGACAGGGGGAAGACUCUGGAGAUAAACAAAUGUGUCAGCAAGCAAAACAGUCUGGGCAGGAUGAUUCUGGUACUUCUGUGAGCAAGGGGUUAAUGGUUUAUGCAAAUCAGGUUGCUUCAGACAUGAUGUUCUCAUUUAUGAAGACUAUGAAAGUCCAAAGGAAGGAUGGUAAGACAACCCCAGCUUGUGUAGUUUUGAAGAGAGUAAUCCUCAAACACACCAAAGACGUCAUAUCAGACUUGAUAGACUCAACCAUGAAAAAUCUGCAUAAUGUCACAGGGGUGCUCAUGACAGACUCUGACUUUGCUUCCACAGUGAAGAAGAAUCUAUAUAACAUGGGAAGCCAGAAAUCUAUUGAAAUUUUGGAAGUAAUGGUAAGACGGCUGUAUAAUGUCCUUGUAGCAGAGCAAAACGAUAAGGGACAGUCCAAGUCUCACAGCCUAGCGUAUACCAUACUGAAAACGGCAUUCCCAUCAGAUUCAAAAUCUCAAAGCAUGCAGUUUGCAACACUGAAAACACAAACACAAAAGAAGGAUAGGGAAAAAACAAAGCCAAAGAUAGGGAGUCAAGAAAAAAAGCCAGAAAAGGUCAGCACCUCAAUAGAGUCACUAGCAAAAGACCUCACUGUGACAGCAUUAAUGCUGAUACAACAGCACUUAAUCCAACAGACAAACAGUGGCAGAGAUUCAAACGCUCAUGAUUCGGGCACUUCUUCACUUGGGUUUGUUUCUCGUGAAUCUCAUUUUGAAAAGGCUGGGAAAAGCCAAAGCUCCAAGUCUCUUGCAAUGACUGCUGGGUCAAGGAAUUUUCCCCAAGAGCUCAACUCCCAAAAGGGCGAUAUAUCAAGUAUCCUCUUAUCAAUCAUCCAGAAGGUUUUACGUGAGGCUGGUUUCAAUAUAGAUGACAAUUCCAGUGAGACAAACAAGAGUUUUAAACAGGUUGCCACUAAUGAUAGUGAGUCCAGCAAAAAGGCCUUAUCUACACAGCCCAAUUCAGCCAUAGAUCAGUUUGACAACAUGGAUCAAGUAAACAAAAAAUUUAUUGACCAACUGGUGGAAUCUGUGAUGAACUUGUGUUUAUUCAUGACUAAAUGCAACAAUUCUGAUUUAGCGAUAGGUGACCUAUCAGAUGAGCAAAAUGCAUCUGGUGCCUCAUUCUCAAGAAACAAAUCCAUAGCUUUUGAUAAGGAAGGGUCAAGGGACGCUUCACAAGUGAAGUCAAGUGGAAAACAGCUAUCAGAUUUAUCAUCCGGUUCUGAAGUGAUAGUGAACAACCAGAAUGCCAACAGCAGCACACAGAACAAGGAGCUCCAGGCUAUCCUCCAGUGGAUGGCUGCUUCCCACUUCAAUGUGCCCAAUCUGUCAUUCAUGAAUGAAGAGGAAGGGAAUUUGAAAAAGCUUCCUCUGUUAGCUGAAAAAGCAGCAAAGAAGGGCUGCAGCGUGGGGGAUAUUAUCCAAGAGGUAAUGAGGUACUUUGAAAAACAACGGAUUGAUGCCGCUGUGGGAAAUGUGUCUCGUUAUGGAUUGAUGGACUGGCUGCUUGCUAACCUGUGA